GUACUUCCGUGACUGCGGGAGGGGAGGUCACAAAUCACAUUGAGCCAAAACACAUCCAGUGUUUUCUUCAGCUACAGGCAAAAUGAACAUUCCCAUGCUGCUCCCACAUCCUCACCAGCAUUUCCUGAAAGGCCUUUUGAGAACACAUUUACGAUGUUACCACUUCGCCUGUCACUCAAGAGCUCAUCCCCGAUCGGGGACCCCUCGUGCUCAGCCAUUUAAUUCUCUUGGACUCCAUUGUACCAGGUGGAUGCUGCUGUCAAAAGGCUUAAAGAGAAAAUUAUGUGUACAAACAACCGCCAAGGGCCACACAGAAGGACUUUCUGAUAAAGAACAAAGAUUUGUGGAUAAACUUUAUGCUGGUUUAAUCCAAGGGCAAAGGGCCUGCUUAGCAGAGGCCAUAACUCUUGUAGAAUCAACUCACAGCAGGAAGAAGGAACUCGCUCAGGUGCUUCUUCAGAAAGUGUUAGGCUACCACAGAGAACAAGAGCAAUUAAAUAAAGGAAAACCACUAGCAUUUCGAGUAGGACUGUCUGGGCCCCCUGGUGCUGGAAAGUCAACAUUUAUAGAAUAUUUUGGAAAAAUGCUUACUGAGAGGGGGCACAAAUUGUCUGUGCUAGCUGUGGACCCUUCUUCUUGCACUAGUGGUGGAUCACUCUUAGGUGAUAAAACCCGAAUGACGGAGUUGUCAAGAGAUAUGAAUGCAUAUAUCAGGCCAUCUCCUACCAGAGGGACGUUAGGAGGCGUGACGAGGACUACAAAUGAAGCUAUUCUGCUGUGUGAAGGAGCGGGAUAUGACAUCAUUCUUAUUGAAACUGUAGGUGUGGGUCAAUCAGAGUUUGCUGUUGCUGACAUGGUUGACAUGUUUGUUUUACUACUACCACCAGCAGGAGGAGAUGAAUUGCAGGGUAUCAAAAGGGGCAUAAUUGAGAUGGCAGAUCUGGUAGCUGUGACUAAAUCUGAUGGAGACUUGAUUGUGCCAGCUCGAAGGAUACAAGCAGAGUAUGUGAGUGCGCUGAAAUUACUCCGCAAGCGUUCAGACAUCUGGAAACCAAAGGUCAUUCGCAUUUCUGCCAGAAGUGGAGAGGGGGUCUCUGAAAUGUGGGAUCACAUGAAAGAGUUCCAAGGCCUCAUGCUGGCAAGCGGGGAGCUCACCGCCAAACGACGGAAGCAGCAGAAAGUUUGGAUGUGGAAUCUCAUUCAGGAAAGUGUGUUAGAACAUUUCAGGACCCAUCCCACAGUCCGGGAACAGAUUCCACUUCUGGAACAAAAGGUUCUCACUGGGUCCCUGUCCCCAGGACUAGCAGCAGACUUCUUGUUGAAAACUUUUAAAAGCAUAGGCUGAUAAAAUUUACCCUGGCCUGGGUGACAUAGCAAGAUCCUGUCUCUUCAAAAAUAAAAUGAAAUAAACUUCA